GGUGCUCCGACGAAGAAGACCGUUCACGUGCUGGUGGUGGUUCCCUCUCCCGACGAGACGACGCAGCGUCUUCAGCAACUACAGAGACCUGUCUCACAAGUCAUGGACAAUGAAAGGUUCAGGAAGAGGCAAAAAGUGAUUCGCGUGGAGCGAGACACGUUGCUUCUUGGAACGGCAAAAGGGUUAUUGGAACAGAUUAAAGGCUUCGACAUGGAUCUUGCAGAGUUGAAUUCCGUCCUUGAUGUUCCGUUUCCUUCACUGUACGAUAUCCCCGAUCAUUUUCAACUCGAUGCAAAUAGGUGCUUCAAGUAUCAAGCGAGACAAGAGUUGGUGUCAUUGUAUGACAGAAUUGGAAAGCUAUGGCAGAAUAGGACGGCUACUACAGUAAGGUUUGGUGGAACAAUUGGCUAUGGAAAGUCGCAUAUAUUGGCUGUUCUGGUGUUGUUAUUGUUGAAGCAUCGAGACGAAUUGGUCCUAACGGCCGGUGUAGGUGACAAAACCAUUGAGAUCCGUCCAGUUGUGAUCUAUAUUCCUGAUUGUCGGGUGUUACUUCGAGAAGAUGAACUUGUGCGCGUUAUGAAGCUCAACCUUUUGCUCAAUGAUUUAGACGAAUAUGAAGGUCUGCACUCAUCGAUGACUCCUGAUGACAUGUAUGACAUUUUGGCUGGUCGUAUGGCAAUUGUGGUUGCUGAUCAGUGGAAUUCGAUAGACGACGACGACAACGCAGCAUGCAUUGCUGCACAAACACGCCUUUCUAGAUGUCUCGGUAUAUCAGCGAUGGUUACAAUUCGCGAUAUGUCGCUGAAUUCGACAGCUUGGCUGAACACCUACUACAAACAGGAAACUGGCACCACCAUAUUGCUUGCUGGUGGUUUUAAUGAGAAUGAAUUUCAAGUGUGGAUGGAACAUCAAAACAUUGAGCUGCUCAAAGACCAUAGGGAAGAAUUGAUGGCUCUGACCGGUUGUGUCCCGUUGUUCCUCUUUCGAUUUGCAAGACUUCAUCGUGAGAACGAUACGUGGCCAAAACUUGUUCAAAGGGUCAUGAGUGAUAAAGCCAUCAAGAAUUGUUUGCAGUGUAUCGAGACCUUUUACACCAAGUUCGAUGCGAAUGCUUUGUGGGGCGUGUUUGCGCAUUUAGUCCCACCUGCUUCAUCGGAUCCAGAUGAUGAUGAUGUGGUGGAUCAUCGCUUUUUCUACUUCGAUGAAGAACAUCAAGGCUUUUCUGCUAUUGGAGAGAUUCCCACUCGUUUACUGUAUCAAGUUUGAAAAAAAAAGCAGCCGAUGCUGCGAUUCUUACAUUGUGGCCUGAACGGUUAAAAUGCGUCACCGAAAAUCGAUCAAUUUGUGGCUUUCUUGUAGAGGAAGUUAUCAAGGCUAUCGUUCAUCGAGACGGCAUUAUUGGCAAAUAUCCGAAGGAAGAAAGAUCCAUCGCGAGGCACAACUUCAAACCUGGAAGUGAGACCACGGCGUUUCGAAAGGCAUUGAGUGAGUGCACUGACCAAUCGUGGGUGCUGCUGGACCCGGACAUUUACAAUUAUGGUGGUGUUGACAUGAUUCUGAUCACUGAUAAAGACAUUGUCGGGAUUAAUGUGACCAUUGCCAGUACUCAUUCUCUGAUGAGUCCGUUCUUUGAUGUAUGGCGGCCGAUUGCGGGAACCAAAUUCAAGACAAGUGGGAUUUUCAUUGCACCUGAUGGCUUCGCUCACACAGAAGCAGGUGUUGGAAUUGUUUGGUUGAAGAAUGUAUACAACGAAUUAUGGAUGGCGAUUCGACGACGUGAUUUGAUUCCAGAUCACUCGUGUACUUGUAAAGGGGGCUGCAAAGACAAUCGUUGCAAGUGCAAAAAACUUAGCAAAAUAUGCAGUAGCAACUGCAAGUGUACUUCUUGCCAGAACAAGCAAUGACGUCAAUCAAGAUCUUUUUCGCAGAGCUGAGUCACAAAGGGCGGAACCGACUUUGAAACGCGAGCGAUGGGAGCUGCGAAUGAAAGCAGGUGCGCUUUGUUCAAGUGUCACGCGCCGAGAAGCAUACUUUCUCUACUUUGUCGCGUUCUUAAGCAAGCACUUGCAGGUGUUCUCAACUUGAUUGUGGUGAUUAAAAUAUGUUGCGUUGUCUCAAUGGCUAGAUUCAGCGGUAAUUUGUCACUUCAUCCACCUCGGCCGUUCUGCAAAUGCACAUCCAGCUGCGUUAUUCCAGUUCCAGAAGAGCUUUUCUCAGCGCAGGGCAGUUUUCUUCCACAUAUUUGUUCUUCAGUAGCCAAUCGAAGUAUCCCUUAUCGCAAUCGCGAAUCCAUUUGAUCGACUUGCCUUGGUAUUUUCCCCAGUUCAGUGUCAUAGUCAUAUCCGAGCCUUUCAGCCUUUCUUCUAGAAACUCUUUAAUCUCCAGUGACUGCCCGAUCAGGAUCUCUUGCGGUAGUAGCCA